AUGCUGAUAUGGGCAGUCUUGCCCGUUUCCGAGCACCGGGCCAAGGCCUUCCAGCAUGAGACGAGUUCCAAUCUGAUGGACCGAAUUCAGUCGGCGGUGGCUGAGCAGAAGCCAAAGGAGAUGACCAAGGAGAUGAAAGUGGACCUUCUCAGGACGGUGUACCGCCAGAUGGACAUUCGACGAACAGGGAAGAUCAGUAAGCAAGACCUGGGAUCCAUGUUGCGGAAGAUUGACCCCACGAUCACUACGCAGAAGGUAACAAGUCUUAUGAAGAAGAUGAGCACCGAUGGCGAUGACAUUGUCAGCUUCGAGGAGUUUGUGGAAUUCUACACCUCAGAAGAAUCAGCCAAUGAUGCCGACAUCGUGAAGGCGACUUUCCGCGCCUGGGACAAAGACGGCAAUGGAAAGCUUUCCAAGCGCGAGUUCUGGGGCGUGAUGAAGACGCUAAACUGCGGCAUGACGGACGCCAAGAUCCAGCUGCUGUAUUCCGCCAUGGAUGCAGACAAUGAUGGAAAGAUCUCGUAUGACGAGUGGAUAAAUUACAUGUUCAAGGCCUGA